AUGGUCAUCGGUUUGAUCAGGGGCGCCAUGAGAAAAAUCCAGUGCCAUAUGAUCGCCGAUUCUUUCACCAAGGUCCAAGAUACACCAGAUUCAAUCAAUUAUAAAGAAACAGAUCAACAGAUGUCAUUGAAGAAGCAAUAUCAAAGAGACAUAGCUAAUCUACUGCAGACAAAUCUUUCAACUUUCCAAACAGCAAAUUCAUUUGUUAAUACUACUGUCAAUUACUUAAUACCAAGUACAUCUUACCAGCCUAAUUAUCAACAUGGCUUACACCGGUCAAAAAGAUUAAGACGUAGUAAUGCUCCUGAAUAUAUAUCAGCACCAGCAGUAUUUAAAAAUAUUGGAAAUGAUUAUGAUUUUCAACGGUCAAUGACUUCUAGUAAAGUAAAAAAAGAGACUGCUGAAGAUAUAAAUUUAUCAAAUUGGCCACAGAGAUGGAUUGAAGAAACUGAAUACAAAAAUGCCUUAGCUCAAGCAAAUAGUGUUAUAAAUAUUAAAGUCCAUUGGCGACAAAUGGGCACGUAUAGGUUUCCUCUUAGAAUGUUUCAGUCAUUGUCAAGUGUUUACAAACAUAUUGCAAAGUUAGAAGGUGUAGAUCCUUCACAUGUUCGUUUAUAUCGAAACCAAAGGAUUCUUUCACCAAAAGAUACACUAGAUUCAAUAAAAUAUAAGAUAACAGAUGCCAUCGAAGGCGAUAUUACAUUUUUGGAAAGCCCCAAGUGUACAACCUAUACUGCAUUAGGUAAAGAAGAAUUGGUGACGUAUAAAAUAACACGACAGGCCAAGAGUCCAAUCAUUGUAAAGAUGAGGAAAACGGAUAAAAUGUCAAUCUUGUAUAUUAAACUGAAAGAAUUGUUAGGAAUAAAAUUAGACUCAUUUACAUUAAAGCUGAAUGGAGAUAAAGUUAAGUACAGUGACACAAUGGCAAGCUUAGGACUUGAAGGCGAUAACAAUAUUUCACUUGAGUAA